GCAUUUUCAGUUUUCCCCGCUAGGGGUCAGUACGUGCAGCAGUCACGGAAGCGAUUGCCUCGCGAAGAUGACAACACAAAUAUGAUUUGACGUGAAGCGAGACGUAAAAUUCUUCCUAAAUGGGUUCACAUGAAGAUUUCGGUAUGACAGCAGACGAUUCGAGAGAAACAGAAUAAAUUCCCAUCGUAAAAUGUCUGCAACCGUGUUACAUUACGGGGAUAUAGUUUCCUUGUACGCAGAGGGAAGUGUCUGUGGUUUUAUUUCAACGCUCGGGUUGGUAGACAACAGAUGUGUUGUACAGCCAGAAGCUGGGGACCUCAACAACCCUCCAAAGAAGUUCAGAGACUGCCUAUUCAAGAUAUGUCCUAAUAGCCGGUAUUCAGCCCAGAACCAGUUCUGGACGGCCCAGCGUACUGGGGGCACAAACCUUACAAGUGCCCCAGACACAGUUCUCCUGAAAAAACUCCAUCAUGCAGCAGAAUUGGAGAAAAAGCAGAAUGAGGGAGAAAACAAGAAACAGCUGGGAUCAGAAAUCCAGUAUGGUAACGUGAUACAGUUGCUCCAUCUAAAGAGUAAUAAGUAUCUGACUGUAAACAAGCGUCUGCCUGCCCUACUGGAGAAGAAUGCGAUGCGAGUGACCUUGGACACAGCAGGAAAUGAAGGGUCAUGGUUUUACAUUAUGCCCUUCUAUAAGCUUCGCCAGGCUGGUGAUCCGGUGGUGGUGGGGGACAAGGUGGUACUCAAUCCUGUUAAUGCCGGACAGCCACUACACGCCAGUACAUAUGAACUUAUAGACAAGCCAGGCUGUAAGGAGGUAAACUCUGUCAAUACUGCCAGCCCAGCCUGCUGGAAGAUGACACUGUUUAUGGACUACAGAGAAAAUAAAGAGGAGGUUCUCAAAGGGGGUGAUGUGGUAAGAUUGUUCCAUGCUGAGGAGCAGAUGUUUCUGACGUGUGACGAGUACAAAAAACAGCAAUUUGUGUUCCUCAGGAUCACUGCCAGACAGACCGCCACAACGGCAACCAGCUCCAAGGCAUUGUGGGAAAUUGAGGUAGUACAGCAUGACCCGUGUCGGGGAGGCGCUGGCCAAUGGAUGAGUCUCUACCGAUUUAAACACCUUGCUACAGGACAGUACCUAGCUGCCGAGGUGGACAAGGAUCCUGCUCCUGACACUAUGAGGAAUAAACUGAGGGGGACAAGCACAUCACCGGUCUUCUGUCUCGUGUCUGUCCCCCAUGGACAUGAUGUGGCCACCAUCUUUGAGUUGGAUCCCACUACGAUGACAAGGGACUCCAAUGUGCCGAGGAACUCGUUUGUGCGGCUACAUCACCUGUGCACCAACAGCUGGGUUCACAGCACCUCCAUCCCACUGGACAAAGACGAGGAUAAACCCAUCAUGAAGAAGGUUGGCUGUGCCGGGACAAAGGAGGAUCGUGAGGCGUUUGCUAUAGUUCCAGUCCCCCCAUCAGAAGUGAGGGACCUUGACUUCGCCAACGACGCCAGUCGCGUUCUGGCCGACUUUGCAGCCAAGUUGGAAAAGGGCUGCAUCACACAGAAUGAGAGAAGAUUUGUGACACAGCUGCUGUCGGACGUAUUGCAAUUUGUGACCCAACAAGAAUCUCAAAACACUGGAGGAGAUCCCCUCAAGGUGGAGAUGGCCAAACCCAAGGACUGCAGGGAGAGACAGAAGCUGCUACGAGAACAGGACAUCCUUAAGCAGGUUUUCCAGAUCCUGAAGGCUCCCUUCAGUGGGUCCAAUCCCCUGCUGAAGAUGGAGGAGUUAGCAGACCAGCGCCACGCCCCCAUACGUCAGAUAUGUAAACUGUGUUACCACAUACUGCGUCUCUCUCAGCAGGACUACAGGAAAAACCAGGAAUAUGUUGCAAAAUACUUUGCAUUUAUGCAAAAGCAAAUAGGAUAUGAUGUUUUAGCAGAGGAAACCAUCACAGCUUUAUUGAACAACAACAGGAAACUAUUGGAAAAACACAUCACCAAGCAGGAGAUUGUCACCUUUGUCAGCCUGGUCCGAAAAAACAAAAAGCCAAGGUUCCUCGACUAUCUGUAUGUGCUGUGUGUGUCUAAUCACCAGGCCAUAGCGGCCACACAAUACCUCAUCUGUAACUGUAUCCUGAGCGAGGAGAACCAGGAUAUUCUGAUAGAGACCAGACUUGAGAAGACUCAGAUGGAGGUUGAAAUGGAGGUAGAGAACCUGGAUGGUACAUCGGAUCCUGAACCCAUCAUCACUAUCGAGGAGGUGGAAGAGGUCAUGCUCAUCUGGGACCUUGGCAAGAAAACCAAGAGUAUACGUGAGCUAGCUGAGACGGCAGCAGAAUGUCAGGGUCUGGGGGAGCACUCCGAGGACCAGGACAUCCUAGUGUACUAAAGACACCAACUAGAUCUGUUUUCUCACAUGUGUCUAGACAGGCAGUAUAUUGCCAUCAAUGCCCUUUCCAAACAGCUUGAUAUAGCUCUGAUUCUCAGGUGUGUGUCUGACGAGGUCUUGCCUUAUGACCUGCGCGCCUCCUUCUGUAGAUUGAUGUUACACAUGCAUGUAGACAGGGAUCCUCAGGAAAUCAUCAAACCUGUCAAAUACGCUCGCCUGUGGUCCGAGAUCCCAACACAGAUCUCCAUAGAGGAUUACGAGUCCAACAUUGGUAAGGACCCGGAGAAGGAGAAGGUGAAGCCCCGGUUCUCCCGUACUAUCCUAUUCGUAGAAGACUACCUUUGUAACGUCGUUAGCCAAGAAGGUGCCUUUGCAGACAAGAAACAAAACAAACUCACAUUUGAAGUGGUGAACUUGGCCAAACAGCUUAUCUACUUUGGAUUCUACUCCUUCAGUAAUCUCCUGCGCCUCACGAAAACUCUCCUCAACAUUCUCGACUUCGCGCCAGAGAAGGAAUUACAUGGCGUGGGUAAAGUGAGACAGCCUGUCUCCCUCAGUGACCAUGGUCCUGACAAAGCCAUCUCCAACGUGAUCUCCACCCGUAGCAAUGGUGAUGGGGGCGAGGCCGACACACUUGUCAUGGACACCAAGCUUAAAAUCAUUGAAAUAUUGAAGUUUAUUACUGAUGUGCGACUGGAUUAUCGUAUCACAUGCCUUCUGUCCAUUUUCAAAGGAGAAUUUGAUGAGAACAAUGUUUUACGGGAUGAGGACGGCCUCGACCUGGACAGUAUAGGCCAGCAGGCGGAGGAAAUAUUUGGUGGCAGCUCGACAACAGCUGAGUUGGACCUAGAUGGGCAAGGUGGCAAGAUGUUCUUGAGGGUCUUACUCAACCUGGUGAUGCACAACUACCCGACCCUGGUGUCUGGGGCUCUACAACUUCUGUUUAGACACUUUAGUCAGAGACAGGAAGUCCUACAGGCCUUCAAACAGGUCCAACUUCUUGUGACGGCGGCUGACGUGGAGAACUACAAACAGAUCAAGACGGACUUGGAAGACCUGAGAAAUCUGGUGGAGAAGUCAGAACUCUGGGUUUUCAAGUCAAAAUUUGUCGUUGAGACGCCAAAACCAAAGAAAAAGGCCAAAGAGUCUGGCGGAGGGGACAAGGAUGACAAGGAAGGAAAAGAAGGAAAAAAGAAAACAAAAGCCCAGCCAUCAGUUUGGAAUAUAUCCAAGGAUCAGGGUUCGGCCAUAGAUCUAGAGCUGGGUCCGUCUAUAGACGAACAGGCUAGCAAAAACUACAAAAAAAUCAAAGAGAUAUUACAGAGACUGACCAAGCUGUGUGUACAAAGUACGAGUGAGCCCGGUGUGAAGAAAGCACGGCGACAUGAACAACGCUUACUGAGAAACAUGAGUGCUCACUCCGCCAUCCUCGAACUUCUCCAGAUACCCUACGAACAGAAUGACGAUACACGGAUGCACGAGAUCAUGCGGCUGGCUCACGAAUUCCUGCAGAGUUUCUGUCUGGGUAAUCCACAAAACCAGAGCCUACUGCACCAGAGUCUAGACCUCUUCCUCACCCCAGGGCUACUAGAAGCUCGGACGAUGCAGGCAAUAUUCCAGGACAACCUAAACCUGUGUACAGAGGUCCAGGACAGGGUGAUUCAGCACUUCGUCCACUGUAUAGAGACCCAUGGCAGACAUGUCCCGUACCUCAAGUUCCUACAGACACUUGUUAAGACUGAGGGCGAGUACAUCAAGAAAUGUCAAGAUCUUGUAAUGGCUGAGCUGGUAAAUGCGGGAGAGGAGGUCCUGUUGUUUUACAAUGACAGAGCGUCGUUUGAGGCGUUCCUAGAGCUAAUGAAGUCCGAGCGUUUCAGGACAGACCAGAUGAGCCCUCUGGUCUACCACAUCAAUCUGGUACAGCUGUUGGCUCUGUGUACAGAGGGAAAGAACGUGUACACAGAGAUUAAGUGUCACUCCCUGCUCCCCCUCGACGACAUCGUCCGGGUCGUCACAGACAAGGACUGUAUACCAGAGGUGAAAAGUGCCUACAUCAACUUCCUGAAUCACUGUUACAUUGAUACGGAGGUGGAGAUGAAGGAAAUCUACACGAGUAACCACAUGUGGACCCUGUUUGAGAACUUCCUGACUGAUAUGGGCACCGUGUCGACUGCAACCCACGACCGGCGCCAUGCGGAUACCGUGUUAGAAAGUUACGUGACAGAGAUAGUGAUGAAUGUGAUCCACACUUUCUUCAGCUCACCAUUCUCCGACCAAACCACUCACCUUCAGUCCAGACAACCUGUGUUUGUGCGACUUCUACAAGGGGCUUUCCGUGUGUCACACUGCAAGUGGCUUACUGGCAUACAGAAAUUCCACGUGGAGACCUGCAUCAAAACAUUGGCAGAUAUAGCUAAGAUGCGGGGAAUAGCCAUUCCUGUUGAUCUGGACAGUCAGGUGAACCUUUUGUUUGAGAAGAAUCAGAAGACACAGAACACAGCUAUGAGGUGGAAGACUGUUGGGCUGAUGAAGAGAGAAUCCAUUCCCUCAAUCUCACGCGACUAUCGCAACAUUAUAGAGGGCCUGCAGGAUAUUGUGGAUUUGCUGGAAGAUCAGUUGCGACCAUUAGUUCAAGCAGAGUUAUCUGUCCUUGUUGACGUUCUUCACUGUCCUGAGCAACUUUUUCCUCCUGGUACUCAGUGUGAGAUUGGGGGAUUUAUAUCUAGACUGAUAAAGCACACUGAGUGUCUACUGGAAGAAAAAGAGGACAAGCUGUGUAUCAAAGUGCUGCAGACUCUGCGGGAGAUGAUGACUAUUGACAACGAGUACGGGGACAAGGUGGAUGUGAAGGCUUUGGGUAAAAAGGAACUUGAUGACCACAGAAGGGGGGAGGCACUUAGGCACUGCCUGCUGACACGCUACUACGGCAAGGUGAUACCACGUCUGCCCCGGGAUGGUGGCAACAAAGCCCUGCUGGGUCGGUCAGGGUCGGACAGCUCCAAGAGUGCAGGGGGCAGUGAGUCUAUCAAUACCCUCCAUGAUGUACAGUGUCGUCUUGACAAAGAAGGGGCUAGUGACCUCAUCGUAGACCUGAUCAUCAAGGACACCAGUAAUAAAAUCUUCCUGGAAACUGUUGAGCUGGGUAUAGCACUGCUGGAAGGAGGGAACGAAGAGAUUCAGAAAUCUAUCUACACAAGAAUGGGAGCAGACAAACAGUCAGAGGUGUUUUUCAAGGUCUUCUACACCAAAGUGUUAAAUGCCCAGGAAGAGAUCAAGGCCACUCAGACCGUCAGCACUGGUGAAUGUGACAAACAUUUGACCGACCACAAGGACACCCAGCCACACGAACAGCUGACACAUGGCAAACCAAGUCGGAGUGGAGGCCAUCUGCAGAAGGCUGUGCUGGAGAACAGUCAAAGGAUGCCCACAGUGAAGGGUGGACGGCUAGUGAAGGGUGUGCCCGUAAGACACGGCCGAGAGUAUGACCACGAUGACGGGCCAAGGUCAGGUCACGGUCCAACAGAGGAAGUGGUAGACAAACCCAACAAAGAUAAGGAUGAGAAGAAACUGACACCAAAUGUGGUUCUCAUGAAACCAAUUCUCCGCUUCCUCCAGCUGCUCUGUGAAAACCAUAACCAUGAUCUACAGAACUACCUGCGACACCAGCCCAACAACAAGACGCCGUACAAUCUGGUGUGUGAGACGCUGAAGUUCCUCGACUGUAUCUGUGGUAGCACCACAGGGGGUCUGGGACUGUUGGGGCUCUACAUUAACGAGAAUAACGUGGGGCUCAUCAACCAGGCACUCACCACCCUCACAGAGUACUGCCAGGGACCCUGUCACGAUAACCAGAAUGCCAUAGCCUUGCAUGAGAGUAACGGAAUAGAUAUCAUCAUUGACCUGCUUCUCAAUGAUAUCAACCCACUGGGCAAGAACCGCAUGGAUCUAGUGUUGGAGCUGAAGAAUAAUGCAUCUAAACUUCUGCUUGCGGUUAUGGAAAGUCGCCAUGAUAGUGAAAACGCUGAGAGAAUCCUGUACAAUAUGAACUGUAAACAGCUGGUUGAAGCUUUGGGACAUGUCUUUAAGCAGGCUUUAGACAGAGGAAUUAUUGAUUUACAAAAGGUAGAGAACUGUAAGAACGCAUUCCAUAAAGAGGCUACUAUAGAUGAUGAUGACGAGGAAGAGGAGGACAGUGGGGUUGAGGCCUCUCCUAAAGCAGUCGGCCACAAUAUCUACAUCCUAGCUACACAGCUGUCCCAACACAAAGAGGAGCUAGCCAACCUUUUGAAGCCCAGUGAUGAUGACUUAUGGGGAGACCAAGCACUCAAGUUCUAUGAAAAGCACACAGCACAAAUAGAGAUUGUGCGUGAGAACAGGACGAUGGAGCAGAUUGUGUUCCCGAUACCUGAGAUCUGUGAGUAUCUCACCGAGGAAACCAAGACACGUAUCUACAACACUGCAGAGAUGGAUGAUCAGGGUUCAAAGGUUGUUGAUUUCUUCGAAAGGCAUGAGGAUCUCUUUGCUGAAAUGAGAUGGCAAAAAAAACUCCGUGCCAACCCGUACCUGUCCUGGUUCAGCAGUCACAUGUCCCUAUGGAGCAGCAUUACCUUUAACUUUGCCGUCCUCAUCAACUUCCUAGUGGCCUGUUUCUACCCCUUCAGUGAUGAACGUGAUGAGCUAGACCCUCGUCUGUCAGGCCUGGUGUGGACGGCCAUGUUUGGAUCCCUAGCAUUAGUGAUCAGUGUUGGAGUAUAUCCAUCUGCUAUCAGAACUUUUAUAGCCUCAAUUAUCCUCCGGUUUAUAUUUUCUGUUGGACUGGAACCCACCUUGUGGCUUUUAGGUGCCUUAAAUGUGAUAAACAAAGGAAUAUUUUUGAUAAGUUUGAUGGGAAACAAUGGAACUUUUACGAAGCCUCCCUCUCAGGUGCUGAGAGAUUUUCAGUUUGUGUAUAAUGUUGGAUAUCUCAUAUUAUGUGUUCUGGGACUGUGUGUGCACGAGUUCUUCUACAGCUUCUUGUUGCUGGAUCUGGUGUACAGAGAGGAGACCCUGCUGAACGUGAUUAAGUCUGUGACAAGGAAUGGUCGCUCCAUUGUCCUCACUGCCGUCCUCGCUGUCAUUCUCAUCUACCUCUUCUCCAUUAUUGGAUUUAUCUUCUUCAAGGACGACUUCCUCAUGGAAGUGGAGAGGAUAGAGACACCACCAAUCAUAAAUUUGACUGAUACAAAUAGUACAGUGAAUGAUACUUGUGAAGCUCAUGGAAACUGCAGUAUAUCUGAUAAAGUAUCACAAUACCUGAAUCCCACUCUAGAGGUGACUGAGGAGGAACCCAGGGACAAGCAGCGUGUGUGUGACUCCCUUAUCAUGUGUAUUCUCACAACUCUUAAUGAGGGGCUGAGAAAUGGAGGUGGCAUUGGUGAUGUACUCCGCAAACCUGAUACUAGGGAGCCGUUGUUUGUGGCGAGAGUUGUAUACGACAUGCUGUUCUUUUUCAUCGUCAUCAUUAUUGUCCUCAACCUCAUCUUUGGUGUUAUCAUCGACACAUUUGCUGACCUGAGGAGUGAAAAACAAAACAAAGAACAAACCUUGAAGAAUACAUGUUUUGUCUGUGGUUUGAAUCGUGUUUCGUUCGACAACAAAGACGUCUCUUUUGAUGAACACAAGUCUAAAGAACAUAAUAUGUGGCAUUAUCUUAACUUCAUAGUCCUUGUGAAAGUGAAAGACCACACCGAGUUUACAGGGCCUGAAAGUUAUGUCCACGCCAUGAUCAAGGAGAAAAACCUGGAGUGGUUCCCAAGGAUGCGAGCCAUGUCACUUCAGGCAGAAGAAAGUGAUGGGGAACAGAAUGAACUGCGAAACCUGCAGGCACAGCUGGACUGCGCCAACACUCUCAUCAAAAACCUGUCCAAACAACUGAGUGAGCUCAAAGACCAGAUGACCGAACAGAGGAAACAGAAGCAGCGGAAAGGUUUCCUCCACUCCAGCACAGUACCAACCAUAAUGAAUCCCAACUCCACAUACUGAUCAGUGUACUGUGACCCAAUACCAUGUACCCAGUUUACUAUGAACCCUAAUACCACAUACCCAGUUUACUGUGAGCCCUUAAAUAUACUAAUUGUACAUACCAAUAUAUUACCUGUUGCUAUGACAAUUGUUUAAGUUCAAGGAACAAACUGAAUAUAAAAACAUUAUUUUUUGUCAAUUAGGUUCUAUUAAUUCAGGAUUAUGAUCACCAUAUUAAAGUUGGUCGAAUUAUUAUUAUUAUUUUGUAUUUUUUACAUUUAUGAUAGCAAUCAGUAGUGAACAUAAAUACAGGUGGGAAAAUGGGACGUUGAAGCAUUUUUCAAACUCACAUUUAUUUCCAAUUAAAAAAGCAACAAAAAAAAUAGUAUGUUUAUUUCUAAGCUUUCUUUAGUCUCAUAAUGCCUAAAUGUCAUCUACAAGCUCAAUAUUUGGUAUUAACUGUUAAAAAGUAUCUCUGGCCAGGCACUGUACAGAUGUGCGGCCAAGUGACAGUGGUUACGCUGUAAGGAAUUACAGUCUUAGUUGAUAUGGACGA